AAUCGUCAUAAAAAAAAGAGUCAAAUCAAAGCGAGUUUUGAACAAUUCAACGAGCUGCAAUUUCUUGACAGUUUCUGCUUCCGCUCACCAAUUCCAUUGACAAGGAAUUCGCAUCCAUUCUUCUUAAAUAUACGUAUUGAUCAUGUUUCUACCUCGCAUUUAAUCUCUAAUUUUUUUCUCUCCCCAAAUUUGAGUGGAAUUUCAGGUCCUUUGUUUAACUCCGAGAUUCUAUCGUUGAUCAAAGCUUAGCCUCGUUCGGAUAAAAGUAUCAAAAUGUUUGGUCACAAGAAGUCCCCCUUGCAUAGGUUUUCAAGGCACAAGUCAGCUGAGUCCGCUGACCUCCCUAACCAUCAAACCAAUCCCUUUGAAUCGAACGAUGAGUUGAAAUCGGUUAAAGAUUCUGGAAGAACAUCAUCAGAUCCUGCUCUGGUCACACCAAAUUUCAAUUCAAACCCCUUUGAUGAUGAUGGGGAUGAUGCUCGAGGAACCUCGUCAUCUCAGAGCAUUUUCAACUCCUCAAGGAACAACUACAAGAAUGAUUUCCGUGACUCUGGAGGAUUAGAGAGCCAGACUGUGGAGGAACUGGAAAAUUAUGCUGUAUAUAAAGCUGAAGAUGCGACUAAAUCUGUUAACAAUUGCCUUAAGAUUGCAGAGGACAUGCGUGAAGAAGCCACCAGUACGUUGGUUAUGUUGCAUCAACAGGGAGAGCAAAUUACCAGAACUCACACGGUUGCUGCCGACAUAGACCACGACCUUAGUAGGGGGGAGAAGCUUUUGGGAAACCUUGGGGGCAUGUUCUCCAAGACAUGGAAGCCGAAGAAGAAUCAAGCAAUAAAAGGCCCUGUAAUCAUUAGAGAUGAUCCGGUACAUAGAAAGGGCAACCACUUGGAACAGAGGGAGCGGCUUGGUUUGUCUUCGACCUCGAAGGAAAGAUCAUCAACUUCACGUAAACCACCACCAGAACCCACCGAUGUCUUGCAGAAAGUUGAGGUAUGCAAUAUUUUGAGCUUACUAUUUUAUGUCUAGAAAUAAAAAGCUGAAACUGAAAUACUAGUAUAUACAUGUAGUCAUGUGCUAUACACACAACGAUGUGAAGUUUACGGCUCUAUCAUCUUGCUGGUUGUUGUUAUCGGUGAAAUCAACACAAAGCCUCGUGUUAAUAAUAGUUUACGCCUACUUCUAUAUAGGAAUAUAUGAACUAUACAAAGAUGCACUACUAGGCCUAUCUGGUUAUAGUUUAGUGUAUCCAUUCCGCUGCGUGGUUGCUGCUAUCAUUGAAACCGACACAAGGCCUCGUCUUAACAGUAUAAGCCUACUUAAAUAUAGACAUAUAUCAGUAACAUAGAUACAUAAAACUAGGCAUGUCCGGUUAUAGCUUCGUUUAUCCAUUCUGCUACGUGGUUGUGUACUUGUGUUCAUGUACACACAAUUUAUUACAAUUACACGAAACUAUGGCAGGUUGAAAAUGGGAAACAAGACGACGCCCUUGGAGAUCUGAGUAACAUAUUGGGAGAGCUAAAGAAUAUGGCUGUGGACAUGGGAUCAGAGAUUGAACACCAGAACAAAGCUUUGGAUCACGCCGAAGAUGAUAUGGAUGAGC